AGAGUGAGAUUUCAACAUGGCUGAGCUUUACCAGGAUCUAAAAUGUUGAGUUUCUCUGUUUCGAGCCUUGAAAUCCACGAGAAAUGGCGAGAUUGGCCGAUUACUUUGUGGUUGUUGGUUACGAUUCUGAAAAGACGGGCUCUGUUGAAGGGUCGGGGAAGAUAAUUCAGCGUUUUCCACAAAAAGACUGGGAUGAUGCACCAUUUCCACAGGGAAUAGAAUUGUUUUGUCAACCUGGUGGCUGGCAGCUGUCCACUGAACGAAAGCAGCCGACAUACUUUGUGGUGGUUCUGACAGAUAUCGACUCAGAUCGGCACUACUGUGCAUGUCUAACUUUUUAUGAAGCUGAAAUUAAUUUACAAGGAGCUAAACAUGAUGAUACAGAAGGUGAAGACGAGGAUACAGGGUUAAUACAACCUGCACAGGUGUUUGCACCUAAAAGUUUGGUGCUAGUGUCCCGACUGGAUUACCCAGAAAUAUUCAAGGCUUGCCUCGGCAUCAUUUACACAGUGUAUGUCGACAGUCUGAAUGUGAACUUGGAAAAUGUGAUUGCCAAUCUUUUUACGUGUUUGGUGCCUGUUGCUGGAGGGUCUCAGAAACUGUUUUCGUUGGGAGCUGGAGAUAGACAAUUAAUACAAACGCCGUUAUAUGAUGGUCUUCCUGUGACGAGUACAAGUGUAGCUCUUCUUUUUCAACAACUAGGUAUCCAGCAAGUGUUCAGCCUUUUCUGUGCUGUGCUCACGGAAAAUAAGGUUCUUUUUCAUUCAACCAGCUAUCAAAGACUCAGUGAAGCAUCCAGAGCACUGGAGUCUUUAAUAUUUCCUCUAAAGUAUAGUUACCCUUACAUUCCGAUUCUCCCUGCACGACUGUUGGAAGUGCUAAGCUCACCAACUCCAUUUAUCAUUGGUGUACACUCCAUGUUCCACAGUGAAAUUAAUGACCUGUUGGAUGUGAUCGUUGCUGAUUUGGAUGGUGGUACUGUUAAAAUCCCAGAAUGCAUUCAUCUAUCCCAGUUACCAGAGCCCCUCUUACAUCAAACUCAAACAGCACUUUCUCUUGUUAUUCAUCCAGAUCUAGAAGUAGCUGAUUAUGCUUUUCCUCCUGCUCGUACCGCUCCUUCUAAUCUAAGAUUGUUGGAUAAGGAAGUCAGGGCAGUUUUCCUUCGAUUGUUUGCACAGCUCUUCCAAGGAUAUAGAUCAUGCUUGCAACUGAUUCGAAUCCAUCCUGAACCUGUAAUAAACUUUCACAAGGCAGCCUUCCUGGGACAGCGUGGAUUGGUUGAAAAUGAUUUCUUGACAAAAGUUCUUGACGGAAUGGCUUUUGCCGGAUUUGUAUCAGAAAGAGGGCCUCCCUACAGAUCUUGUGAUUUGUUUGAUGAUUUAGUUGCCUUUGAUGUGGAAAGAAUCAAAACUGAGGAGGGAAUUCCAACCAAAAUGCUAAAACACAUACGAGAACUUGCAGAACAGCUCUACAAAAAUGAAAACCCAAAUCCACACAUGGCUUUUCAGAAAGUACCAAAGCCAACUGAAGGUUCACACAUGAGGGUGCAUGUACUGCCAUUUCCCAGAAUAAACGAAGAUAAAGUACAGGCUCUUCUCCAGGAAGGUCUCUCAAAGCACCUUAAUUCGCCACCUGCUGUUCGAGUUGAGAAGAAGUGCAUUGUACCUGCUGGCCCACCAGUUGUGUCAAUAAUGGAUAGAAUGGGAUCCGUUUUUAAUAGUGCCCGUAGAUUGGAAGUUGUUCGAAACUGCAUCUCUUACAUUUUUGAAAAUAAAGUACUGGAGACUGAGAAGACCCUUCCAGCUGCAUUGCGUGCCCUGAAGGGCCGGGUAGCUCGGCAGUGUCUCAUACAGGAGCUAAGCUUACACGUUCAACAAAACCGGGCAAUACUGGAUCACCAACAAUUUGACUACACAGUGAGAAUGAUGAACUGCGCUUUACAGGAUUGUUCCGCUUCUGAAGAAUAUUAUGUUGCAGCUACAUUGCUGCCACUGACAACAGCAUUUUAUCGGAAAUUGGCAACAGGAGUUAACCAAUUUGCCUAUACCUGUGUACAAGACCAUCACGUCUGGACAAAUCAACAGUUUUGGGAGGCUACCUUCUACAAUGAUGUGCAGAAUCAAAUACGAGCACUCUACCUCCCCUCAAGAAACGAAAAUUUGCUAUCAAAUGUCAAGCAAAAGCUUAAAGAACCAGUACCGACAGAGCAUGAGAAAACAGCUAUGGACAUUGCAGCAGAGCAGCUGCGCUUAUGGCAAACACUCCACAAAGAGAAACAGCAGGAGCUGGAGAAAGGAGAGGAAAACACUGUGUUUAGCCAAGCUAUUCAUUAUGCCCAACUCAUGGUCUAUCUGCUGGUUCCUUUGGAUACAAGCAAAAAUAAACUGCUGCGAAAUGCUACAACAGGAGACUGGGAAAGUGGGAGCAAUAGUUUUGUCACCAACAGCAUUGCUGGCAGUGUUGCUGAGAGUUAUGACACCGAAAGUGGAUUUGAGGAUGCAGAAAACAAUGAUGUUGCCAACUCAGUAAUUCGUUUCAUUACUAGAUUUAUUGACAAAGUCUGUACUGAAAGUGGGGUCACACAGGAUCAUAUCAAGAAUCUUCAUUGCAUGAUACCAGGGAUUGUGGCUAUGCAUAUUGAGACUCUUGAGGCUGUGCACCGGGAAAGCAGGAGGCUUCCACCAAUACAGAAGCCCAAAAUUCUCCGGCCAGCUUUACUACCUGGUGAAGAGUUUGUUGCUGAGGAAUUGCGUGUUGUUCUGGACUCAGAUGGUCGAGAGGAGGCGUCUGGAGGAACACUUGGUGGACCACACAUUCUGCCUGCAGAGGGGGCCUUAUUUCUAACCACAUACAGAAUUAUUUUCAAGGGUACUCCACAUGAUCCCUUGGUGGGUGAGCAAACAGUAGUUCGGAGUUUUCCCAUUGCAUCAAUGACAAAGGAGAAAAAGAUAAGCAUACAAAAUCAGCUUCAACAAAAUAUGCAAGAAGGACUACAGAUUCGAUCAGCAACCUUUCAGAUCAUUAAAGUAGCAUUUGAUGAAGAAGUCACCUCUGAGAUGGUGGAGAUCUUCAAAAAGCACAUAAUGAAGUUUCGGUAUCCACAGUCAGUCUUCAGCACUUUUGCUUUUGCUGCAGGUCAAAAUGCACCCCAGAUAAUUUUGCCAAAACAGAAAGAAAAGAAUACUUCUUUUCGCACCCUUUCUAAGAAUAUUGUAAGAAGUGCAAAGAAGGCUGGUAAAAUGACCAUAGGUCGUCAGUACACAGUGAAAAAGAAGCCAAUUGUUUUGACAAUAGAUGAAAGAGGAAAUCGAUCAGGCUGGAAUGAAGAGGAUGAUAUUUCAGCUUCAGAUGAUGGUGAACUUCCCACAAGUAGCACUUUGAAAGCUUCAGAAAAGUCAACUAUGGAGCAGUUAGUAGAGCGGGCAUGCUUUCGAGACUACCAGCGGCUGGGUCUGGGAACUAUCAGUGCAAACUCAUCACGUUCCAAGGCAGAACAUUUCAGGAUAACUGCUGUCAAUAGGAUGUAUUUACUAUGCAGAAGUUACCCUGGACUUGUGGUAGUACCUCAGUCUGUAUUGGACAGCAGCUUACAGAAAGUUGCACGUUGUUAUCGACACAACAGGCUUCCAGUUGUUUGUUGGAAACACUCUAAAACAAAGGCUGUCCUGCUGCGCUCUGGCGGAUUCCAUGGAAAAGGAGUUGUGGGUCUCUUUAAAUCCCAAAAUCCACACUCAGCUGCUCCUGUGUCCUCAGAAUCAUCAAGUAGCCUUGAACAAGAGAAGUACCUACAAGCUUUGCUGAAUGCAGUGCCUAGCUUCUCCAGAAUGAAUGGCAGCAGCACACUUACUGGCCAUCCCAAUGUCCUACUUUCUCCAGAUGCAGCCAUUGACAAGCGAUACUCGCGAGCAACCAGUGUUGUAAAGCAGGUGGUCCCAGCACAUUUGGACGUGCAUCUUCCAAACAGUUUUACACGUGGAGUUCUCGGGUAUAAGGACAAGCUGUUCACUCAUUCUCAGCAGAAGAACACUGUUAAAGGAAAGGUCUUCAAUCAAGGUAUGUGGGCCAGCUUGCGUUCCAGCAGUCGUUUCAAUACUCAGUUUUCAACCACUGAUGUAGGAGCAAGAUUAGCAGGAAAGGAAUCCCCUGUGACCAUUGGCAAUGACAAUUCUCUGCAGAAUCCACUUCUAAAGCACCAAGCAGCAUUGUACCUCUUUGGGGAAAAAUCUCAACUGAGAGGUUUUAAACCUGACCUUGCAAUUAACUGUGAGCUGAUACCUGUGGAUUACUGUGAUAUUCGUCAGGUGAAAGCCAGUUUCAAAAAGCUCAUGAGAGCAUGUGUACCCAGCACAAUUCCUAGUGAUGCGGACAUGACAUUGUACAGAUUACUAGGAGAAUCUGAAUGGCUAUUGCAGAUACACAGAAUAUUGCAACUGGCUGUGGUGAUAGCAGAACUACUUGAGAGUGGUUCUUCGGUGAUGGUAAGCUUAGAGGAUGGCAUGGACAUUACAACACAGGUGGUUUCCUUGGUGCAAUUGCUGUGUGACCCAUUCUACAGAACACUCGAAGGUUUCAAAAUACUGAUUGAAAAGGAAUGGUUGUCCUUUGGCCACAAGUUCAGCCAACGUAGUAAUCUAACUCCCAACAGCCAGGGAAGUGGCUUUGCACCAAUUUUCCUGCAAUUUCUGGAUUGUGUGCACCAGAUUCAUCACCAGUAUCCUAUAGAGUUUGAGUUCAACCAAUAUUAUCUUAAAUUUUUGGCUUAUCAUUAUGUGUCCAAUCGCUACAAAACCUUCUUGCUGGACUCUGAUUAUGAAAGAUUAGAACAUGGAAUUUUAUUUGAGGACAAGGUGGACAAACAAGCAAAAAAAGGUCUCUGUAUUUGGGAAUGCAUUGACAGAAUUCACAAGAAAGGGCCUGUUUUCUUCAGCUAUCUGUAUAGUCCAGAAGAAGGAGAGAAACAUAUACUAAGGCCCUGCAUAAAUAUUUCUGCUCUGAAGAAGUGGGAUUACUACACAGGAGAAACACUUUCCACUGGUCCUUCGUAUGAUUGGGACAUGGCAACUGUGAAAGGAGGUGUUACUGAGGAACAAGAACAGACUGAUGGUUCAGUUCCACAAACACUCAGAAAAGUAGUGUGGCCAUGUUAUGACAAUGUCAGUAAAGUACAGCCAGAUGCCAUUACCAGGCUGCUUGAGGAGAUUGAAAGGCUAGAGAAUGAAGUGAACCAAAGUCCUGAAUGGUGGAAACCAGUUUGGGAUCGAGUAAAAGUCAACCUCAAAGAAGAUGUAAAAACAGAGCAAAAUAGAGCUGCUUCAUCACUCAUGGCAUCUAAUUUGCAAUCCUUUCAAAGAAGGUCUAUGCUACAUUUGGCAGACAAUGGGAUUGGUGAGAAUGAUCGGAGCACCACCACAUCACCGUCUAAUGGAGUAAAUACGAGGAGAGCAGCCACUCUAUAUAAUCAGUUUUCUUCAAAGGAUGUGGAGAACAGAUCAUUUGAAGGCGUACUUUACAAGAGAGGUGCUUUACUGAAAGGGUGGAAACCUCGAUGGUUUGUUCUCGAUGUCACUAAACACCAGUUGCGAUACUAUGACACUGGUGAAGAUACAAACCCUAGAGGAUUCAUUGACCUGGCUGAGGUUGAGUCUGUUAUUCCAGCAUCAUCAACAUUAGGCGCAUCUAAGCAUUCAAACGAGAGAACAUUCUUUGAUUUGAAGACAAGUAGACGUGUUUAUAACUUCUGUGCACAAGAUGUACAGAUUGCUCAACAGUGGAUGGAUAAGAUCCAGAACUGCAUUUCAGAUGCCUAAUAAGAUGUAUUUUAAAAAGACCAGGUGGGAUUCCACCAGUCACGAGAUUAAAUCUCAGCGCCACUGAAAUAAAUAAACAAGAUAAUAAAGGUGUUAAAGGAUUAUAUCAGUCAAACAGGUGAAAACCACGGAAUGUUCAACAGAAGAAUCUGGCAAGCAGCUUCAGCAAAAGAAACUGGUUCUGAUAUCUUAACACAUCCCAUUGCGCUUUAACAAUGUGAAAUGUAAACUUCAGCCACUAAAGUCUUUAAUAUACUGUAAUAUAGUCAUGGAUCCAUUGCUUUGAUGGUCUUGCUUGCAGUUUUCAAUCAUUGACGUCUAGAACCACUGUAGAUAGCAUGAAUUUAAAACUGUCCAAAUAACUUGUAAAUAACGUUUAUAUUGUAUUUUACUGCACAUUAGUACCUAAAGCAAAAACAAAAUCUGUCACAGCAGUACUCAAGUCUGCAAACGACAUUGGAAUGUUUGCACUCGUGUGAAACAGAAAUUAGAGUGCAAUAACAUUCAAAUGGCCAUUCAUAAUCAAGACCUGUUCUGUUUAUGUCAGUUUUGUAGAAUAUGUAUAUAAACAGACAAAUGUUUUUUCAGCUUAUCUUGAUAUUUAAAGAGGUUUUGCACACUAAAAAUGAGUAACCUUUUUUAAUUUUUUUUACUGUUGAUAUUUUUUUUUAAAAAUAGUUUUGAAGGCUUUGUGUUAUUGCUCUACUGAAAACUUUAUUCCACAUUUUAACAAUUCCCAGCUAUAAACUGGAGACUUUUAUAAAUUUUAUGUAGCUUGUGACAAGUUUCUGUGGAGUCCAUGCAGCAUGUUUAUUACCUUUGUACUUUUCAAAGAAUUGUAUAUAUGGCUUAAUUUGAUUAUAUAUGUCUCUUCCCGGAAUUGCUGGAUAUUCAUAAAUCUAAUUUUAACCACUUAAUGUUUUAUGGAGCACUCAAAAAAAUCUAUUAAGUUCAUGUACUAAGUCAUAUGAGAUCAAAAGAAUUAUCUUGCACAGCUAAGGUAAAACAACAGGUGUGCCAUUUCACUAUGAGGCAUACGUCUACUAAAAUAGUCUAUAAUUUCAUGUUAGCGUGAAUGGAUUGUCAGAAAAGUUUUCACCAUUCCAAUAAUAUGACUUUGCUAAUGAUCUUCAAACAAUAGAUUCAAUUUGCACAUAACCUUGUUUUAAUUUGUCAAGUUUGUAUAUACCGUUCAUCUACUUUGUAAA